AUGGAGCAUUCAGAGCUCAAGACAGUUAAGACCCAGAAGGAUACCACGCUGUGGGGUGGUGCCCCCCAAUAUGACUACGUCCAUUAUGACAAUUGCACCAGUUAUGGGAUCCCAUCUGAGGAUGGUGGGACUGGAGAUGAUACACACUACCAGGAGAAGGCCCUCAACCAUAUCCAGCUCUAUGGCCAGUAUACGGAACAACCUCCCAGUCUUUCCCAGAAGGAAGCAGCUGAACUUCUGAAUAAGAAGUCUCAGGACCCCUUGAAGCGGGGAAGUCAAGCUGAACUCAAAGAGGAGACCUACUCUAAGUAUCAUGCUUGUACUAAAAGUAUCAAGAAUUAUAUUACGAAGAAGCUGGGAGAAGACUGGAUAUUCUUGAUUCUUCUGGGUCUAGUCAUGGCAAUAGUCAGCUGGGGGGUGGAUUAUGCCAGUGCCAAAAGCUUGCAAGCUUACAAGUGGAUAUACAAAGAGAUGCAACCCAGCAUCCCUAUGCAGUUCCUGGCCUGGGUCACCUACCCCCUCAUCCUCAUCCUCUUUGCUGCCCUCUUCUGCCAGCUUGUCUCUCCACAGGCUGUGGGCUCUGGGAUUCCAGAACUGAAAACUAUUAUGCGAGGAGUAGUCCUCAAGGAGUACCUCACACCUAAAGCAUUUGUGGCCAAAGUUGUAAGCCUGACAGCUGGCCUGGGAAGUGGGAUUCCUGUUGGAAAAGAGGGCCCUUUUGUGCACAUUGCAAGCAUCUGUGCUGCUGUCCUCAGCAAGUUCUUGUCUAUCUUUUGUGGAGUUUAUGAGCAGCCAUAUUAUUAUGCAGAUGUCCUGACUGUGGGAUGCGCAGUGGGGGUUGGCUGCUGUUUCGGGACACCACUUGGAGGUGUCCUCUUUAGCAUUGAAGUCACUUCCACCUAUUUUGCAGUUCGUAACUAUUGGCGUGGAUUCUUUGCAGCUACAUUCAGUGCCUUUGUUUUCCGAGUCUUUGCUGUCUGGAACAAGGAUGCAAUCACCAUCACAGCCCUCUUCAGAACAAACUUUCGCAUGGAUUUCCCCUUUGACCUACAGGAGCUGCCGGCGUUUGCUGUAAUAGGGAUCUUUUCUGGGUUCCUUGGAGCAUUUUUUGUUUAUUUUCAUCGACAGGUGGUUUUAUUUGUCAGAGAACAUACUACUCUAAGUCGAUUCCUAACCAAAUACCGCCUUGUGUAUCCUGGGGUGAUAACUUUUGUGAUAGCGUCUCUGACAUUCCCCCCUGGCUUUGGACAGUUUAUGGCUGGAGAACUGAUGCCCAGAGAAGCCAUCAGCAGCCUCUUUGAUAACUUCACUUGGGUAAAGCACACAGAGGACCCACAGGUCCUGGGGAGAUCUGCAGUUUGGAUCCAUCCCAAAGUCAGCGUCUUUGUCAUCAUCUUGUUGUUUUUCAUCAUGAAGUUCUGGAUGUCUGUCGUUGCCACAACUAUGCCAAUACCCUGUGGAGGGUUCAUGCCAGUGUUUGUGCUGGGGGCUGCUUUCGGACGCUUGAUUGGUGAAAUCAUGGCCUGGCUCUUCCCUGAUGGGAUUCUCUUUGAUGGCUUUGUUUACAAAAUCUUACCUGGUGGUUAUGCAGUAAUUGGAGCUGCAGCUCUCACAGGUGCUGUCAGCCACACUAUCUCCACAGCAGUGAUUUGCUUCGAGCUGACAGGUCAGAUUGCCCACAUCCUGCCAAUGAUGGUGGCCGUCAUUCUUGCCAACAUGGUGGCUCAGAGUUUGCAGCCAAGCCUUUACGACAGCAUCAUCCAAGUGAAGAAACUCCCCUAUUUACCAGACUUGGGCUGGAACCAAAUAAGCAAAUACAAUAUUUUUGUUGAGGACAUUAUGGUGUCUGAUGUCAAAUUCAUCUCCUCUAAUUGCAAAUAUCGGGAUCUGAAGGACGUGCUCCAGAACACCACGGUCAACACGUUUCCUCUGGUGGAUUUUCCAGAUUCCAUGAUUCUCAUGGGCUCAGUGGAGCGAACUGAGCUCCAGGGUCUGCUGCUCAGACACCUCAGCCCAGACCGACGUCUGCAUCUUGCCAGGGAGACACCACAGAAACUGAUUGAAGCAUCUUAUGAUGGACACCAGUGGAAGCAUGAAUCAUUCGCUUUUGUGGAUGAGGAUGUGGAUGAGGAAGUAGAGGACAAGGGAAAGACUGAGUUUCCACAGCAGCCUGCUUUAACCCCUGAUUACCCAGAAGGACCUAAUGGGCCAGUGACUCCUCAUAAGCUAGUGGCAGAGGCACCAACACCUACACAAACUCCAACCCGGAGAUGUUGGCAGCUGAGGAGACUGAUGGAGCAACUUCUUUGUCUCAACCCAUCCCCUCAGCGAAAAACCUCCAAGAAGGAUUCAGCAGAGAUUGAAGACCCAAUGAAGCCAGAAGAGAUAGAAGUUUGGGAGCAGGAGGAGCUCGAGAAAAAGGUAUGCUUCAGCAGCUGCCGCAUAGAUCCUUCUCCCUUUCAGCUGGUCGAGAGAACAUCGCUGCACAAGACACAUACCUUGUUCUCAUUGCUAGGACUCACCCAUGCCUAUGUAACCAGUAUGGGAAAACUAAAGGGUGUGAUUGCACUGGAAGAGCUCCAGAAAGCUAUUGAGGGGUCUACACGUACUGGGGUCCAACUUCGUCCUCCUCUUGCAAGUUUCCGUGAUGCCACUCAGACGACAAGCAGCAAAGAGCAUACCAGUUGGUCUACAAAGAUGUGGAGCAAAGAAAACAAUGAUACAGUCCCUGGGAAAUCUGCAGUAGACUCAGGACCAGAGAACUCAGUGGCCCCUAGUAAAGAAAAGGGAUUCUCUCUGCUUCAGAUGCUGAUAAUAGAAUUGGAGGGCAUAGAAAUUUCUGGCCUAGCUGCUGAGAACAUCUCAGACACACUCAAGGACUUUAACUUAUGCUCCAGAAACCUGGAAGAGGAUGAUAAGGAUGAUAACAAUAUGACAAUAUAA